AUUUAUUCUAAUCACUUUUUUUCUUACAUAGGUUUUUCACGACAACUAUCUGCUAUACGUGUUUGCUCCCGACCAAGCAAGCUGUCAGAAAUGGGUGUUAGCUCUGAAAGAAGAGACCAGAAACAACAACAGUUUAGUGACAAAAUAUCACCCUAACUUCUGGAUGGAUGGAAGAUGGAGAUGCUGUGCUCAGACAGAAAAACUGGCAACAGGCUGUGUGGAGUACAUUACAGCCAAGAGUGUUUCCAAGAAACCUCUUCCUCCAACACCAGAGGAUAAUCAGAGAUUAUUUUCAGACUCCAAGGAGUUCUUAGCAAUAGCCAUUUAUGACUACACUGCCCAGAAUCCUCAGGAGUUAUCAUUACAGUAUAAUGAAGAAUACUAUGUGAUUGACAGCUCUGAAGUCCACUGGUGGUUGGUUCAGGAUAAGAAUGGGCAUGAAGGAUAUGUCCCAAGUAGCUACGUGGUGGAAAAAUCACCAGAAAAUCUGCAGAUAUAUGAAUGGUACAACAAGGAUAUCAGCAGAAGCAAGGCAGAAGCUCUGCUGAAGGAAGAGGAUAAGGAAGGAGCCUUCAUGGUGAGAGACUCAAGGCAGCCUGGCACAUAUACAGUCUCUGUCUUCAAAAAAGCUUUGAGUAAUGAAAACAACCCCGUUGUAAAGCAUUAUCAUAUCAAAGAGACAAGUGACAAUCCCAAGAAGUUCUACUUGGCAGAGAAACAUGUUUUUGAUUGUAUUCCGCAAUUGAUCAACUAUCACCAGCACAAUUCAGGAGGUCUUGUUAGUCGUUUGCGAUAUGCUGUUUGCUCCUGGAGAGAAAAGGCCCCUGUUACUGCUGGGCUAAGCUAUGGAAAAUGGAUGAUAAACCCUCAGGAACUGACAUUUGAGCAGGAGAUUGGCAUUGGCCAAUUUGGGGUGGUGCAUCUUGGCUACUGGCUUCAGCAGAUGAGAGUGGCCAUAAAGACCAUUCGCCCAGGAGCAAUGUCAGAAGAAGAUUUCAUUGAGGAGGCCCAAGUCAUGAUGAAACUCUCUCAUCCCAAAUUAGUACAGUUGCAUGGGGUAUGCAUGCAGCAAGCUCCCAUGUGCCUUGUGUUUGAGUUCAUGGAGCAUGGCUGUUUGACUGAUUAUUUAAAGAAGGAACGGGGGAACUUGUCAAAAGAAGACCUCCUGGGAAUGUGCCAAGACGUGUGUGAAGGAAUGGCAUAUCUGGAGCAAGCAUCUGUCAUUCACAGAGACCUGGCUGCACGGAAUUGUUUGGUAGGAGAAUUCCAUGUUGUCAAAGUAUCAGAUUUUGGAAUGUCACGGUAUGUUCUUGAUGAUCAGUAUACCAGCUCCAUGGGCACCAAAUUCCCCAUCAAGUGGUCAGCACCAGAGGUUUUCUCCUAUAGCCGGUAUAGCACCAAAUCUGAUGUCUGGUCAUUUGGAGUACUGAUGUGGGAGAUAUUCAGUGAAGGCAGAAUGCCUUAUGAGAACCGGACAAACAUUGAAGUGGUGGACGAAAUCAGUGCUGGUCUCCGUUUGUAUAAACCCAGACUGGCCUCCAGUACUAUUUACAAGCUCAUGAGACAGUGCUGGAGUGAGAAGCAAGACGACAGACCAUCCUUUGCUGACCUGCAGUACUACCUUAGUGAAAUAUCUGAAUCCGAUUUUUAACUGGAAGUUAAAGGACCCUAUUGGUUUCUCAAGUUGAGAACAUCCAAAAACAUGCUCUUUCAUGUACAUCCAUUGGCCAGAUGUAUCCAUCAUGCAGAACCUCUAGAGGAAGCCAGCCUGAAAUUCUUACAGGAGUUUGUGUAUGUGUUUUGAGAGCUGCAGAAUGAGAAAAUGGAUAAAACAAGCUUUCAAGGUUGUGUCUAAGCAUCUGACAAACUGACUAGUGAGGAUCCUAGAACCCACCUUCCCUUUCAUAUGAUGAUGGUGAUGGUGGUGAUGGUAAUAAUGGUAAUUAUAAUGGUAAUGCCAACACCACUACUUAGGAUGAUGAGAUUGACCACUGCUUUACCAAGCUGAAACUUUAGUAGCAGUACUCCAAAAACCUUGGAAAUAAUGUCCGAGAUGUUGAACUAUGACUCUGACCCUCAAAACCUGCUUGAAGAGGAUAUUCAACUAUUCACAAACUAAUAUUUUUGAGAUCUGAAACAUGAUGCUCUUAAAAGGAAGUUGCAUGGAUUAACACGAUAGAUAAGACACAACAAGCAUUGGUGGGACUAGAACUAGGGGUCAUCCAAUGAAACUGAUUGCCAGGAAAUUUAGGACCAACAAACAGAAGACCUUUUUCACACAACGCAUAAUCAACUUGUGGAAUUCUCUGCCACACAAUGUGGUGAUAGCCAACAACCUGGAUGGCUUUAAGAGGGGUUUGGAUAACUUCAUGGAGGAGAGGUCUAUCAACGGCUACCAGUCUGAGGGCAAUAGGCCACCUCCAGCCUCAGAUGCAGGAUGCCUCUGAAUACCAGUUGCAGGGGAGUAACAGCAGGAGAGAGGGCAUGCCCUCAACUCCUGCCUGUAGGCUUCUAGCGGUAUUUGGUGGGCCGCUGUGUUGCAGGAUGCUGGACUAGAUGGGCCUUGGGCCUGAUCCAGCAGGGAUCUUCUUAUGUUUUAAUCACUGCACAUUGUGCAUUGAGAAGGUUAAAGAUGGGCUACCAGCCCUGGAAUAUAAAUUAUGGGAACCUCUCACUUGUUAAUCUUCAAAAUUUAGACAAUAUUUCAAAAGAGGAUAGGAAGUAGGCACUUCCAAAUCCUCAAUGGAGUUUGCUGGUGAGUUACAGUUGUUUCAAAAAUGGCAUCUAUCAUAUUACAUAAGAACAACUGACUGAACAAUUUGAUUCAGUGACCCAGCUCAGAUGUAAUGUAAGGCUAUGGCCGCCAUCAGACAUCAUGCCAAACUGGAGGCAACCAUGCCAGAGUUUGGGGUGUGGGGUAAUCCGAAUGUGGGAAACCUUGGUUCCUUUAGAAAAGCGACCAAAGUUUUCCAGCCACAAACCUGAAUUGGCACCCUCGGUUCCUCUUUGGUUUUGCCACCAAAAUCUCCAGUCUGAAAGUGGUGGCUUGUCCGAAGGCUGCCUGUAGUCAUAACCAGAGUUGAGGCUAGGAAACUCCUUCCCCUCUCCAUCUCUUAUUGGCUGCUGUCGCUGUCCUUCAUGAGAAGUGGAAGCCCAUGCAGCCACUUCUGUCCCCUUUUCAGGCUCCCAGACUCCUGAUCGGGAUCGUCUGGGAAUGUGGCGAAGGGAAUGGGGCCAAAUCGCGGGUCCAUUGGACUCGCAGUUUGCUACUAUGUGCGAAAACGGCCUAAGGUUUGCCAUUAUGAAGGAGUUUCAGGGGGCUGGUUCAGACAUAAUGUGGAACCUUGGUUAAACCUGGUUCUUCAUGCCAUCCCCAAAGCUUGGAAGCAUACACUCUCCCAAUGCCUUUGUGAGCAUCUAUCAAUUGUGACCAGUAUUCCCUGUAACAGGGAUUCCCAGAUGCAGUUGACUAUAGCUCCCACCAUUCCCAGCCAAAGGUCACUGCAGCUGGGGAUACUGGGAGUUGUAGUCAACAACAUCUGGGAAUCCCUGUUACAGGGAACACUGGUUAUGACAUCUGGAACCAGCAGAUCUUUAUUUAUUCUAAUCUAUUUACUUGAAACAAAUUGUGAUCUGUACCCAAAGUUCGAUGUGACUUACAGAGUGUAGUUUAUUUCAGGUAAGUAGGUUGGAAUGAACUGAAAUUGGCCACUCAGAUGUCUCGACUGAUCUUGGUUUAUAUACUAGCCUAAAUUGGAAGUAGAUGCUUGCAUGGAAAUGGGAGAGAGAGGAAGUGCACCUAGGGGAUGUCACACAGAACCAGGCAUAACUGUGAUUCUGUGUUACUUCUGAACUAGUUCAGUAAGCCUGGACUUAUCUGCUACCAUCUCCUCUUUCUUCACUUUGCACUAAAGAGAUGGAACUUUUGUUCAUUGUGCAAACUACAUUUUAUCAACUCAUGCACUAACGAACUCUGGUUAGUGCAAACCAUAGUUUCUGCACGUAUCUUGAUAUCAAACCAAGAUCAGAAGCUUCUAAUCUCCUUUCCUGUGUGGAUAAGAAGAAAAUGCUUUCCAGCUUUUGUGCAUGUAAUGACAAAUCACGUUUUGUUGUUUCUUCUAAACUGGGUCUUCCUCCCCAUUUCACCCUGUUCCAUGCUGGAAAAUCCUGCUAAAGAACUGGAGUGUGAUUUCAGAAUAUUGGCUAGGGAGCUCUUAUUCAUUUACACACCAAAAAAUAUGGGUUAUGGGAAGGAAAAUGAUAAAGAUGUUAGGAAUCCUGGUCACACAAUUCUGAAUUUUGGAUAACGCCUGAGAUGGAGAAAUAUCUAAUCAAGUCAGCCAGAAGCAUUAUUUUUAUGAAUCAAAGUAUCUGGGUGUUUUUAAGUUGUUUUGGGGGAUAAGGUGGGAUUAUGGUAUUUGUGGUUUUGGUAUUUGUGCUGUGGGCUUCUCAUGGAUGUGAUAUCUCUAGAUGUGGUAUUAAAAAUAUUUGCAAUUUAACCCCUUUGUUAAUACACUUACAUGUAUGGUGGGAAACACCUCACAUUUAAAAAAUGAACUCCUGUAUAUAAAGAAAACAUGUAAAUCCACUGCAAAUAAACUUUAAUUCUAAACCUUUUACCUUUUUUUAUUUUGCCAUUUGCAGACAAAUUAGAACAAUUUAAAACAUUGUUUGAUAGUUUGCUAUCUUGUAUCAUACAGCGCACUAUGUAUAUAUUGCACUAGCUGAAAUAUGCUUUUCUCUGUGCCAAAAAUAAUAAACUAUUGUGAUUUUUUGAUUACA